UGAUCAGGAUUCCCCUGUAUACAAGAACAUGCUGUCGGACUCUGAACCAGAUGACUGCGAAGGGGAGGGGACACACGUUCGAGAUAUAAAGCGGGUAAAGACUUCCAAGAAGAGUUCUAAAUACACUCGCUCUCCCUUUAUCGAGAGCGACUCUGAACAUGAAGAGGACUCUGAAAAUGAAGAGGAACGUGAGGGAGAUGUAAAGCGGGUCAGGUCUUCCAAUAAGAGUAGUAAAUGCUCUCCGGUUAGCGAGAAUUACUCUGAGCAGGAUGAGAUAAGACCGAGUGAAACGUACCAAAGUUGUACUCCGGAUAAUACGCUCAGAUAUAAAAUAGAAAAGGAAGAGCUCGUCAGGUCCCUGGCGCAACAAGAGUCUCAUGAGAAAGAAAAGGCAGAGCUCGUCACGUACCUGGAGCAACAAGAGUCUCAUGACAAAGAAAAGGCAGAGCUCGUCACUUCCCUGGAGCAACAAGAGUGUCUUGAGAAACAAGAUUUCAGUAUCCCAUCAGGUGCUCCACCUUUACUGGUCCAUGCUUUGAAGUUACGUAUUAAGAAAGUGACCGAUUCGAGCAAUGAGGCUGUGCAGCCUACUGCUAAUCAGAACCAAGACACACCUGAUUACAAGGGCGAUGGAACACAAGAGAGCGAACAGGAACAGUUAAACAGAGAAGUGCACCCAAGCAACGCUUCCGAACCUGGAUCUGCUGCAGAUCGGUCUGACGAGAGCGAACUUGGAUCUGCCGCAGAGUGGUCAGACAAGGAUUCAGAUACCGGAUCGGACUGGUGGGAUACACCCGAUAAAAAACCUGAUAGGUGUAGUGAACCUGAAACUGAGUAUUUUGUUUCUAUGUGAGAUUGGUUAUCAUGUCGUCUCCUAUGGUGAAAAAGAAGCAGCCCGCACCAGGGCCCCAAAGUGCUUGUAUGAUACGAUAUUUAGAGGGUCUGGCUAACAACGUGUGUGUGUCUCAGUUAGACCAACCUUGCUCCUCUGUUGUACUGUCAUCUACCUAUUCGAAUCCAGAUUCUAAAGCAAAUGAACCGAAGGUUGUCCUUAAUACUUUGGAUAAAUAUGUUGUUAAAAAGUGAUAAUAUGUUGUUAAAAAGUGAUACGCAUUGCUUAGUUUAGUUUUUGCCUUGUAACCUAGAGCAAUAGUUUAUAGCUAUGACACUGCCUGGUACCUAUCCCUGUAU